UAGAAACUUGAAAACCAUGGUUUCUCUUCUCAAAAACACUCUUACAAUCACCUCCUAUUUCAUUCUCCUUUCAUCCUUUUCACAUCUCUCCCAUGGAGUCUUCUCCGAAGAGCUUUUCGAAACCAUAUCCAUGAAACGAAUGGAGAAAACGACCCACCUUCGUUUCUUCUUCCAUGACGUCCACAGCGGUAAAACCCCAUCGGCAAUCAAGAUCGCUGGAACCCCAGAUUCUGGUCUCUUUGGGGACACAUAUAUGAUGGAUAACAUGUUGACCGAAGGCCAGGAGGCGGCAUCGAGGGUGGUCGGGAAGGCACAAGGAUUGUACGCAUUUGCUGCACGGAAGGAACCCGCAUUGCUUAUGGUGGUGAACUUUGAGUUUACCCAAGGAGACUACAAUGGGAGUAGUAUUAGUGUUCUUGGGAGGAACCCCGUGAUGGUGGAUGUGCGGGAGAUGCCGAUCGUUGGCGGCAGUGGGCAGUUUCGGUAUGCUAACGGCUACGUCUUGGUGCACACAGUUUGGUUCGAUCCUAAGACGACCGAUGCCAUUGUCGAAUACAACGUUUAUGUAAAACAUUACUAGGGAGAUCCGAUACUUUGGAGUAAGAAAAAGGAUUUGACAUCCGGGUUUCAUAAUUAUCGCGUGUUUAUGUUUUCUUGACGUUUGGGUUUAAACACAGGUUCAAGCUCUAGAGUCACAUCUGAUUUGGUCUUUCUUGUACUUUUCUUAAAGUUGUAGUGUAAUAAAAUCGGAUUUAACGGACGCCAACAAUUUCU